GCUGGGCAGUUAAACAAUAUUUCGCUGCGAAAAUGAGUUAAUUUGGAUACAGUUGAUAAAAUCUUUAAUUUUUAAUAAGUUUCCAUUAAUAUAAACUAACAUUCAAUGUACAAUCUUGAGUAAAUUUUACGGAACCAGAAUGUAUGUCGGGAUUCAGAUUUUUGUGUUUAUUUCCGCUUUGUGCUUAGAUUUCGUGAUGUUACUGAAUAACGGUUUGGCCCGGACACCUCCCAUGGGCUGGAUGUCGUGGGGGUACUACCAGUGCGCCGACGACUGUGACAAAAACUCCGAUAAAUGUCUCAAUGAACAACUCAUCAUGUCUGUAGCGGAUGCAUUAUUCAAUGAUGGAUACCUGGAGGCCGGGUACGAGUAUGUUGUGAUUGAUGACUGCUGGUCGGAGAGGCAGCGGGACAGCAAUGACCGCCUGGUGCCAGAUAGAAAAAGAUUCCCAAGGGGUAUGAAAUUCUUAGCGGACUAUGUCCACAAGCUGGGUCUGAAGUUCGGCAUGUACACAAACGUGGGUAAAGACACGUGCAUGCACUACCCGGGCUCGCGGGACCACUUCGAGACCGAUGCACAGCAGUUCGCGGAGUGGGACGUGGACUACCUCAAGGUUGACGGCUGCUUUGUGGAGGACAAGCAUCUUGAUACUGCAUACAUAAAGCUUGGUCACUAUUUGAAUAAGACCGGCCGACCCAUGGUGUUCUCCUGCAGUUGGCCUUAUUAUAAGGAGUACAUUCAUAAGACUAAAUUCAACUAUGCCCCAAUCGCGAAACACUGCAACAUGUGGCGCAACUUCCACGACAUCUUCAUCAACUUCGGCAACGUCGUGUGGAUCAUUGACAACUAUGAGAAGAACAACAGGCUGUACCGGCAGUUCCAUAAGCCGGGCCAGUGGAACGAUCCUGACAUGAUAAUUCUAGGAAAUAAUGGCCUAACCGAGAGCCAGAGCCGCAUCCAAAUGGGCUUGUGGUCGAUGUGGUCCGCGCCGCUCCUGCUCAGCUGCGACAUGACGAAGAUCAAGCCCUACGAGAAACAGCUGCUGCAGAACAUGGACCUGCUGGCCAUAGCCCAGGACCCACGGGGAAAGAUGGCUGCAGCCUUUAAGAUUCGAGAUAAAGUUACAUUGUGGGUGAAGCGCCACCUACCUAUGAAAGGAGACCUCUAUUCUUCCUUCUCUUUCGCACUCGUCAAUCUGAAUGGAGACAAUCAAUAUGUCUCUUUCAAGCCAGCCGAAUAUGGAUUGGAAGCAACUGAUGUGUAUACAAUUUUGGACGUGUUCACGGGCGUCUUCUUAAGAAACGUGACGAGACAGGAGGUCCUAAACAUUUCGGUUCCGCCUGAAGAUAUUAUUCUGUACGCAUUCUAUCCCUUGUGAAGGUGAGGUGUAGCAAACCAAGUGUGACCAAGAUAAAGGCUUGCUGGUAGUGACAGCUACCUACCAUUA